GCUUUUCUUUCGAGAUCUUUUCCUCUCUUCCUUUUCUAUUCCAUCUUUCUCCACAUUACACGACCUUUCUACUCCUUUUAUUUAUUAUUUGUAUCGAUCGUCGAAGAGGAUAUGGGUCAAGCAACAUCGAGCGCACUUGCUCACAAAUCCAAUGUCUUUUACGACUAUGAUGACUUCUCGAGUCGAUUCAGCAAAGUCGCCUUGACCACGGCCACUGUUCCUGUUGUAGUCAUUGCUUUCCCGAUACUCAACGCUUACACAUUUACCAAGGAUGAAAUGACCGGAUUUAAGAUGCUGGAUGGGAUCAUUGGUGGUCUGUUUGGCGUGAUUGGAUGGCCACUUUCUCCGUUCAUUGCGUGCUGGAACGCGUUUCAGGCUAUAUUUAAUGACGGACCCCCAGAACCUCUUCCGAUCCCUCAAGAAGUCAAAGAACAUCUCAAAAAAUACUAUGGGCUCAACAGUGAAUCGUUUUAUAAUGUCGCUGUCGUCGGUAUGGCAGGCACGGGCAAGAGCUCAUUGAUCAAUGGUAUGAUGGGAUGUCAUGACGGAGAUCCCCGGGCUGCAAAAACGGGUGAGAUUGAUACAACGAACAAGCCAAAGGGCUAUCAGCAUCCGGAUCUCCAUACAAUGAUUCUAUGGGAUAUGCCAGGAGCUGGCACAUAUGAAAACAGUGCCAAAACAUACUUUGAAGAGAAGUUUCUGUAUGCUUUUGAUACAUUGAUCAUUGUCAGUGCAGAAAGGAUGCUGGAAACCGACCUCGAGAUUGCCAGAAAGGCAAGAGAAUAUCGUAUCCCGUUUGUGUUUGUCCGAAACAAGGCAGAUCAGGCGAUCCAGUCCAAACUUCGAAAGAAUCCUGCUGUUACUGGAGGGUCAGAGGAAGAAGAUUUGAAAGCUUGGGCUGUUGCUGCGGGAGAAUUGGUUGAAGAGGUCAGGACAUCGGUAUGGGCUCAGCUCAAAGCGAGCCAUAUCAGUACUCGAACGCUGUUUAUUGUUUCUGCGUGGAAUCUUCAAAGCUUUGUAUGCAUGUUGGAUCAACAAGACAAAAAUGACGGGAAGAAGGUGCGAUUAAUCGAUGAGGAACGCUUCAUACGGCGCGUUGUGGAGGGUGUGUUGUACAAACGGCGGCGUACUGAGAAGGCGAAAAGGAGGGAACAAAAGGCAGUAAAGAAUUAAAGAGUUUAAAAGGAUCAUUAUCAUUUGCAAUCUACUAGCAGGUAUCUUAUACACCAUAUGUAACACUUUUAUAUUACAAUUACUAUUACUCAUUUUUGUACAUAACAUACACAUAAUUAAAAAGCUUUUUCAUCGUUUCCGUC